UUCAACGUCACAGAGGCUCGCUCACCAGCAGGCUCACACUGGCGAGCGAGUUGUAAAGUUAAUCAUCUCGUGUGGUUCGCCUCGCGCGGUUUGGUCUACAACAACAGUAAUACGGUAACCAAUCUGGCUUACACUCAAGUUACCUCGGCAAAGGCCUAAUCCUUAAUCAUUGGGGUUGCGUAUCACAUGCGUAAUAAUAAUUUAUUUAUAUACUGUAAGAUAUAUAUACACACACUCUCUCCUCCUCCUGUUAGCCUGAGCGCGUUUGGACGCACGUUGCUUUUUUGUCUUUUUUUUGUGUUCGCUCUGAGCUCAUUUUUUUUUCUUCCGAGCGGGCUGUUACUGCCACCACGUCGGGUAGGGCGAGUAGCUCUGUGCAAGUUAACGUCAGCACAGACUGCACCGCGCGCGCGUGUGUGCGCGCGCGGUCCAUUCAGUAAGUGCCUUCUCUGCGUUUCGAAUGCCUUAUGAACGUUACUCAACAACAACAACGACGGCAGCGGCAGCAGCAGCAGCAACAUCAGCGGCGACAGCAGCAACAACAACAACAACAACAAGAACCCGAGACCCAUUUACGUAACGUACGGGGCCACAGCAGCGCUGGAAGAGUGCGAGAAGCGUUUUGCAAAGUGCAGCAGUUUUACCACCCAUGCGUUGUAAAAUAAAAUAAUUAAAUGUAAAGAAUAAAAAGCAAGACAUGAGAAAAGGAGCUGAUUGAGAGCGCAGAGUUGGCCCUUUUUUCUGCGUUAGAGGUUGGGGGGGGGGGGGGGUAGAAACCAGACCAAGAGAGUCGGGACUGGUUUUAACAACAACAGAAACCACAAACCGGAUAGCGUACUCAUUAACAGCAGCAUCAGUAGCAACAACACAUAUUUAUAUAUCACACACAACAUACCCAUCAACCUUCACCGGCUCAUCCACAACCUUCACCGACUCAUCUGAAUACAAACCAAAAAAAAAGUGGCAAGACUGAAUGAAUAAAUGGCGAUAUGGAAAGCCCCGACACACGCAGCCUUGAUCUGGGAAUGCGCACUCUGCGCAUUGCUCGUGCUCACCGGGUGCACAAGUAGCAGCAGCAGCAGCAGCCACUAUGGAGGAGUCGGAGUUUUUGAUUUUGAGCGCCGCUCCGAGCGGGGCGGGGCCCGGCCCGGGGCUGGGGUGGCCGGGGCUGGGGCCGAAGGAGCCGGCGGGGACCCCUCGGCACAGCAGCGGCAGCCGCAGCAUCAUCAUCAUCAGCAGCAGCAGCCGCAUCCUCGGCUGCUCUUCGGAGCUGCAGACGUGCGCGCUCUGCGAUCGAGGGCCAACUCCACGCACGCGCAUCUCGCCCGUGCGCUGCGCAGGGCCGCGCACGCGAUGCUCGCCAGACCGGACGUCUACCUGCCGCCUCGUCCAGCCGCCGACGGCUCGGACACCGCCAGCUGGUCGCACGCCACGGGCAGCUUCCGGUCUGGUACCACGGACAGCGCCACCAGCACCGCGAACAGCGGCGCAGCUGGAGCCGCCGCCGCCACCGCGCGUCGCGGCAGGAGCGGGGAACCCGGCCCCCGAUGGGCUGAGAUCUACGGCAGCAACGUGGGAGCUCUGGCCAUGCACUGCGUGCUCGCUCCCGCGGAUCGAGCGGCGCUCGCCCUGGCUCUCGACUUCACGGAGAGGCUGGCCGAGCAGAGCCGUCGACGUCGCCGUCAUCAGCAACAGCAGCAGGUGAUUGGGAUGACGCCGCGGUUGGCGCUUUCAGUGUCUUCAUCCUCAUCAUCCUCAUCAUCGUCGUCGUCGUCGUCGUUCUCUGCGGGUGUCGUUCACGAGGAGCACCCGUCGGGGGCGCACACGUUGCUCGGCUUCGCCACGGCGGUGGACCUCCUGUACGCGCAGCUGAACGCGUCCAAGCGGCGCGAUCACCUGGACGCGCUGGCCGACGCCACGGACGACGUGUUCUCGCACUGGCGGGCCAAGCCUUGGAGCGCGCAGCCGACGGACGGCCGGGCCGUGACGGGGAUGCUCGCCGUGCUGACGGGGGCCCUCGUGCUCGAGCCGCAUCGAACGCACCGCGCGCGCGCCUCUCGCUGGAAGCGCGCGGCCACGGGCCAGCUGCAGAGGGCCAUGCUGCUGCUGGAGCACGUGGUGGACGGGUCGCUGCAAGAGGGCGUCGCGUACGGCAGCUACGCGAGCAGAGCGCUCACGCAGUACGUGUUCCUGGCGCUCAGGCACCUGGGCAUAGACCACACGCGCAGCGGGUGGCUGCGGGAGCACUACUGGUUCUACCUGGCCACUGUGCUGCCCGGCUUCAGGCGCACCGUGGGCAUCGCCGACUCCAACUACAACUGGUUUUACGGGCCCGAGAGCCAGCUGGUGUUCCUGGACACGUACGUGCUGCGCAACGGCAGCGGCAACUGGCUCGCGCAGCAGAUCCGCAGGCACAGGCCGAGGGACGGGCCAAUGGAGCACUCGAGCGCGUGGAGGUGGGCCACCCUGCACACCGAGUUCGUGUGGUACGAGCCGCGCCUGGUGCCCAGGCCCCCCGAAGGUCACGUGAGGCCGAGGCUGCACCUGUUCACCGACUGGGGCGUGGUGACGCACGGAGGGGGGCUCGCGCUGGACGACAAGAGCACCUUUGUGUCGUUCAAGUCCGGGCCGGUGGGAGGCACGGCGGCACGGCGCUUGGCUCGCUGCAGCCCUUACCGCUGGCUGAGCAACGGGCUGGGCGCCUUCAACCCAGCGCACGAGCACCCCGACCAAAACUCGUUCACGUUUGCCCCGAACGGGCGUGCCUUCGUAUCAGAGGCCCUCUAUGGCCAUAAAUACACUUACCUCAACAACGCGCUGGUCUUCGCCCCGUCGCCCAGCAGUAAAUGCCACCGGCCGUGGGAAGGGCAGUUGGGCGAGUGUGGGCAGUUCAUGGAGUGGGCCGAGACUGACGCGGGCACGGGGGGCCUGGGAGCAGGCAAGCUGAUCACCGCCUCUCAGCACGGGGACAUGGUGUUCACCAGCGGUGAGGCCGUUGAAGCUUACGCCGGAGGGAUGAUGCUGAGAAGCGUUUACCGCGCUCUGGUCCUGCUCAACACGCAGACGCUGUUGGUGCUGGAUCACAUCGAGAGGGAGGAGAGAUCACCAGUCAAUCUCGUUAGUGCCUUUUUUCACAACCUGGAUUACGACGUUCGAUACGUCCCUCUUUCCACAGAAAACGGGUACCGCGGCGCCUUGAUGGACGAUUGGGAUGCCCAUUACAAAAUGUUCUGGGUUGACGAUCAGGGCAAUAGCCCAAAGGCGAAGAUCCAAGAAGCCGAGCUCAUGGCAGAGAUGAAAAAGCGUUGGACGCAGUAUGUUAACGUGACAUUUCCCAUGCAAAGUCAAGUGACUAGGAUUGCCUACAUGUUUCAUGGUCCAUUUGUAAACAUUAACAACUUAAAGUUCAUAGAGAGUAGUAAAUAUGGUGUCAGGCUGUCUGUUUGCUUAGACAAUGUGGAGAAAGUUAUAUCCAUUGCUACUAAGCAUGACGACCCUGUAGCUAGACAUGGGUUUCUUGGUUUUGGCGGGUUUGCUGUGGUUGAGGAUAGAAGCAAAGUUACUUACUUUGGCCAGGGUACAGUGAUAAAACCCAAACACAAGCAUGAGACGGUGUUUGUUUUAAGGAUUUCCAUUAUAUUUAUGGGGAUAUCAUCAGUGACAGGUGUAGUUUUGGUGGCUAUUCACCGAAAGUCCAGUGUAGGUUUGCAAAAGAUCGCCAGGUCAGUUUUUCUCAUUUUGAUCAUUAUUUGGCUCCUUGAAAUAUUAGUUGUGCAGAAUGUCUGUUUCCAAGAGUUGUGUGGAAACGAUUGGGCCAACUUAACAUCUGUAGUGGCAUCCGAAGUGAUUGAUGAACUGCCUUUAAUUUCACUCGAUGCUUCUCAGGAAUUGCCAACCGUUGUGAUAGCAUCUCUCCCAGCCUCAGGAGCCGAGGUUGUGAGUCAGCUCUUCGUGGGAAAUUCUGACUUUGUGUACAUCCCCGUUCCCAGUCUUUACUUUCGCCCACCAUCUGUUGCAGUGCCUGGUGCUCCCUCCGGCGACACCUGUAAAGGGCCCCUGUUCAGUGAUCACAGCGAUGAGCUCCCAGAGACCUGGCAGUGGUUUCGAUCGCUCGUCAGGCACACGAGAACGCACGUUCAGAACGCAAUCCAGGCGACGAGGCUGAGCACUGACCCCUUGGCGAAAGGAAUCCCGAGGGCGAAUUCGACGAGACACGUUUUCAAAAAGAAGGGCAGCUACGGGCAGAGAAAGUGUGCGCGGAGCGACGAGCUGGGAAACAUUCAGCGCGUGCGCAAUCAUCUCGACGCGUUCCCAAACUCGCGGCUCUGUCUCGGGCUCAACGACGGCAACUGGAACAACAAGCUGCCCUCGCUGAAAGAUGUAAUUGGCCCCGCGAUGAAGACACUGUACGUGGUAUGUGACCCGCGAACUUGGGUGUAUUCCAUGAUGCACAGCUGCUUCGAGCUUCCCGGCAAGCCCGCGUUCCCGGAGGGGGUGUGUUUGAAAAUAGCCCGACAUUUGGACCCGCAGCCUCCGAUCAACGCCAGCGAGGGUUGCGACGGCGGUGCGCGCCCUCUCUCGACUCGGCGGGAACUGCCGUGGAACACUUCUGUGCCAGCGGCUGCCCUGCUGGCGAGCGCCUGGCGCGACAACGCCGCGGCCGCUUUGCGCAGCAGCAAGCAGCUUACGGGAGAUAAGCAGCAGUUAAUCAGGGUCGAGGAUGUUGUUCGGUACCCACGGGAGGUGGCCGGCAGGGUGUACAGCUUCCUGGGCCUGCCCCUUUCGCCGCCGGCGCUCAACCAAAUCCUGUUUACGACACGAACCGGGGCUGUGAGUCCAGGACACCGAGAGUUGGAUUUUCUCGGCGUUCGGGAUGCUUGGAGAGUUAAAUUGUCUCCUGCGGCCGUACGGGAGAUCGAGUCGAUUUGCUGGCCCCUCAUGAAAAUCCUUGGGUAUGGAAAGUUUGAAAAUUAAGAAACUUUAAUUGUAAAAUUGUAAAAACAAAAAAAUCAAUAAAUUAAAAUUAUAUAUUUAAAAAAAAUGUUACGAUAUAAUUUUAUAAUAUUUUGUUUAUUCUUCACAAGAACAUAGCUGAUAUUCAACAUGUGUUCAAACCAGAUUUCUCAUGGCCGUCUAGAUACAAUUAAAAUGUAUGAUUCCCCUUCGACUGCUUUAAAUACAUUAUAGAAGUAAUAAAAAAAUAUAUACAUCAGAGUUUUGUGUGUGUGGUUUU